AUGUACGUGCAGAUGGUGCUCGUUGCCCUUUGCAUCACGUCCGCAAUUUUCCCCAGCCAAGUGGAUGCAGAUACGCCCUUUGAAACAGAGAGCGGAAAAAAGCGUAGCCGUAACCGAUCCAUGUCGGGCCCUCCUUUCGUACUACCAAAUUUGGACAACACGUUCAACGACCCUUCGCUUGUCUUUAUGACGGAGGAAAUGGAACUGCCACCGGAUAUAAAAAGAACGAGAAGGCGCACAAGAGCUCGACGCCCCUACCCUCCAAGCAGAAGACGAGGCCCGCCUGUCCCGCAUCCAUUUAGUACAUUUUCUGUGACGGUGACGCCUAGCCGGACGGCUUUGCCCAGUGAGACGAAUUCCAGGACGGUGACGCCUAGCCAGACGGCUGUGCCCAGUGAGACGACUUCCAGGACGGUGACGCCUAGCCAGACGGCUGUGCCCGAUAAGACGACUUCCAGGACGGUGACGCCUAGCCAGACGGCUGUGCCCAGUGAGACGAAUUCCAGGACGGUGACGCCUAGCCAGACGGCUGUGCCCGAUAAGACGACUUCCAGGAAGGUGACGCCUAGCCAGACGGCUGUGCCUGAUAAGACGACUUCCAGGACGGUGACGCCUAGCCAGACGGCUGUGCCCGAUAAGACGACUUCCAGGAAGGUGACGCCUAGCCAGACGGCUGUGCCCGAUAAGACGACUUCCGGGAAGGUGACGCCUAGCCAGACGGCUGUGCCCGAUAAGACGACUUCCAGGAAGGUGACACCUCCUGUUUUGCCAACCUCAACGGCUUUUCGAACUGCCUCUUUAACUUUGUCUCCGUCUAGUAGUUCUUUGAUUUUGUUUUGUCCGGAAAACGUGUCGCUGGUGCCAUGGCCGUCAGUUCAGGUUGGGGUUGUUAAUGUUCGUGAGGGUUUUCGAUUGCUUGGAACGCUUGGUGGCCAAUGGAAGUUGCUGCCUUGGGAGUGGGGUCCACCCAAGCUUGGGAAUGAGCAGGUUAUUUUGAACGCAAGUAUACUGAACGUUUUUUGUCGUGAGCGGAGGUUGGGCAGGAUGAGCCGAAGAGGUUGCACCCAUUUUCUCUCGUCGAUUCGGAGUGGCGUGCAAAUAAUGCGGGAUGAGCUGGGGCUUUUUCAGCUUAGUUUUUCACCUAUUAAAGAUUUUUAUAUUAACGUGAAUGAGGCCAUUGAGUUUUCGGCACCAGUGGACGAGGUUUUGGGCUGCCGCAUGCCGCCGCCUUCGCUGUCGGAUCAUGCGCAACGGUAUUAUUUGCUGCGUGGUGGGGAAAGAAAGGUUCCAUUGUACCCGCUCAUAUCUGUUGCUGUGUCAUCUGUAACGCAACCCGUGUAUGCAGGCGGCACAGGUGAGGCUGGCAGAGUUACCGCAAUGUUCUCGCUGCUGGGCGCACCCUUUGGUGUACCGGGUAUCAACUACGUGACAGUGUUAAGUAUGAUGCACUGCACGCCUGAUGCAACUCGUCGUGCGUUGGGAUAUUAUCGCAGCAUUUCUGUGGCGACGAUCGAGGACUCUUUCUACGGUGUGAUGAUAGGCAACCUCAUUAUUAUCGGUGGCGUGCUGUUGGUGCAUUUUUUGGUGAUUCUGUCGUUGAAGUGGAAAGGCAAAGGUUCAUGGACGAGGACGGCGGAACGCUGCUUUUUUCCUGGCAUUCCGUUGCUUUUUCUUGUGAAUCUAUUUGUGGGGACCUCCUUUGCGUCAAUGCAGGGGCUUUCAUCCAAGGUAGGGUUCACGUUGGUGCUGAGCAUCGUCAUGCUUCUGCUGUUUGUCGGCGGCCUCAUUGUGGUCCUUUGUGUGUCGAUGGCGAAGGCACGAUUGACAUUUUAUCCCAUUCUGUCUUUGGAGGGCACGACUCUGCUGAGCAAAACUCGUGUAUUUCAAUGGUGG